UGGCAGAAAGAGCCAUGGGCUCUGUAGAUGGUGGAGAACCCCAUGCCUGGUCACCGGGAGAGGUACACUCAGCCGCCAAGGGGCCAGCAGCAGACCUUCAAGGUGGAACGGAAGCAGCUGCAGAGUCAGCACAAUCACUCAGGGUUUCACAGUUACCAGAGAAUCAUUGGCUCGGAGUUGUUGGAGGACAGAAGCACCAUGUUUCUCCAGCAGGCCUAUGAUGGACAAGAUUUCACGAUCUUCACUAAAGAUAUCCUUUCCUAGAUGGUUAUUGAUAAUGUGGCUCACAUUACCAAGUGGGCACAGGAGGCUAAUUGGCAUGAGUUAUAUCAAAAGAAUUGGCUAGAAGAAGAACAUACUGCUUCAUUAGAGAGGUUCCUGCAGUUUGGGGAAGAUAUCCUGCAAAGGAUAGAAAUUUGCAUGAUCUGAUUGAAAAACGGGGAAUAAAUUGUCUAAGAAAGAGGUUAUGGAGACAUUCUUCCCGAUGGGGAUGGAACUUAUCAGACACGGGUAUCAGUUGAGCUGGGUCCUCAGAGCAACUGAGGACUCCUUCCCGUGCAGAUUGUGGCCUCUGCAUGGCUGUUCAGGUCCCCCAGGGUAACAAUGGGUUGUGGCUAUCUGGAGAUUGAGAGUGAGGAACAGUGGAAAGCAGGAAACACCAUGUGCUUUUUAAAAUCAGUGGUUCUCUCACAUUUUGGCCUUAAAGCUCCUUUCUUCUUAAAAAUUAUUGAGGACACCAAGGAGCUUUUGUUUAUGUGAGUUAUAUCUAUUGCUAUUUACUGUCUUAUCAAUUACAAAUGGAAAAGAUUUUUAAGUACAAGAAAACACAAGUACGUAUCUAUAAGCCAUCAGAGAGAGGAUGUCAUCACACAUCAGGUAGCCUCUAGAAAACCCCACCGUGCACAUGUGAGAGAUUAGGAUUAAAAAAAAAGGGGGGGGGAUCAUGAUGUAGACCUCAUAGGCACCCUGAAAGGGCCUUGAGACCCCCUGGGGCAUUCGGACCACAUUUUGGGAACUGUUGUUCCUCUGUUUUCAUUUAUUACCCCACCUGAAGCUGUGAAGUGAGAGGUAACAGUAAGAAAAGUAGUGUUGGGCUGCCUGCGGAUCACAGGGACAAAAGUCCCCAAAAGUUAGCAUAGAAGGGGAGGGGGACUUGUGGAUUUUUCCUCUCUUGCUUGUGUUCAGAACCAGACAGCUGAAAGCUGUUGUUGGGUUCACCAACCUAGGAGCUGGAAUUGGUCCUAGCCUGGGGCAGAAGGCCGGAGCUGUGAGGCACCGGGAGGUAGGGGCUAUAAAGUACACAGACUGUCACUCCCACAGCUCAUUUUCUGCACC